AGGCAAAAAAGACCCAAUGCUUCUAUAUAUCCUUGGCUUAAGAGUUAAAACUUGUUAUAGCCUCAUUCUCGCUCUUCCUCAUCCAAAUUUUACAAUGUCGAAACCAAAAACAGAACUGCCAUUGCUUAGCCUCAUGACCCUUGCUUUAUUUCUAUUCCCUAGUGCUUGCCUCGCUACAAGUGAAAAUAAGGACUGCGGCGGCUCUUCUUUGUGCGGUAACCUUACCAUCAGUCACCCUUUCCGAUUAAAAAGUCAACCUAAGUGUAACGACACUGAUUGUAGGGUUGAAUUGGAGUGUAAGAAUGAUAAUCGCACCAUUUGGGUCAUGAAAAAUGGGAAAUUCUAUGUCCAGGAUAUCUUUUAUUCUAAUUUUACGAUCCGAUUGGUCGAUGGGAGCCUGGAUGCAGAUAAUUGCUCACUGCCUCGUACUUCCGUUACUUGUGAUUAUGAUUUGCCGUGUGACGGACUUGGGUUACCUGGUACAAUUCCAAACACAAUGUAUCUUGUCAAUUGCUCAAGACCAAUGAAUUCUUCUCUUUACGUUGAUGCCUCUCUCUGCACCAACAGCUCUCCCCAUCCACCUUCCUACUUUUACUUUUUAGAUCAAGAAACACCAAGUCGCGAUUUCAACCCGUUUUGCACAGUCAUAAACGAGUGGAUUCCAAUUAUGAUUGAGAAUAUCACAGGUCUGUCUAGUUUGGAUAUCUACGAAAAGCUAUUAAUUGGCUCUGAUUUCUCAUUGGAAGAAUAUCAUUGUUACCAGGAGCACAAACCUUCAAUAUCUCAAAAAUUUCAUACGAUGUAAGAAUUCUCAAGCAUUUAAAUUCUAUUUUCUUUUUUUUUUCUAGAAAUAAAAAUUAAAUCUUUCAUUCUGUAAUGAAAGGAGAUACAAAAAAAUGCCAAAGUCAGUCUCCCAGAGGCCCUAAGAGACCUACUUUGGCAUUCCCUAAAAAAUUUACAAGUAUUACCUAUGAAAUUAGUUCUUCUCUAUCACCAUGCUAGGCAGCCUACA